GCUAUCGUGUACUUGCAAGCUGUUCAUGUCCACACAAAUUUCAUCAUGAAUAUCUCGUAUAAUUCUGCCUUGCGGCAGAGCAAGUCUCUCCGCGCGGAGCUCUCCAACCUCAACACCAAACCCCAAGCAUCUCCAGCUGAGAUCGGCAACGUGUCUGCCUCGAUCGCCUCCUUCACCAAGACCCUCGACGAGUAUCAGAGCCUCGCGCGCCAGGAGAUCGUACCCAAAAAGCAGGAUGAGGCAUUCGAGCGAGUAAAGAGGUUCCGCGAGGACCUGUCCGACUUUCGAUCGCAAGUCGAUUCGCUAAAGAAGGUCCGCGAAGACGCACAGCAUCAGGCCAAUCGCACAGAACUACUCGGGCGAAGACCGUACAAUGCGACACCCGAAAAUCCUUAUGCGAAUGCUACUACGACAACGCAAUCUACUUUUCAACCUCGACACUCAUCCCAUCCUAGCGGCCCCUUGACGACUGGCUCCCCCGACGAGAUGCGUGAGGCGCAUGCGUUCCGAGAGCAAAACUUCUUUGCAAACACGAAUCAGGCGCUGGAUGACUACAUAGCCCGUGGGCAGGCAGUUCUUGGCGACCUUGGCCAGCAACGCGAGAUGAUGAAGAACACACAGAAGCGACUUUACAAUGUGGCCAACACUCUGGGUGUUAGUGGAGACACCAUUCGCAUGGUCGAGCGGCGCGCGCGCGAGGAUAAAUGGAUCUUCUUUGCCGGAGUGGUCAUCUUCUUCCUGUUCUGCUGGCUGGUACUUCAUUUCUUGCGAUGA